AUGCUUACCGAGCACGCUAUUUCGGCAGAUCUAUAUUUUAGAAUAAUGAAAGCUAUUACUGGAGAAAAUGUGACAAAGUUAUUGCAGUAUCAGCAUAAAUUCGAAUAGAAUCCUCAAAACAUUGAAUCAGCUUUCUAUUAUUUUAGAGAGUUGAAUAGAAAUGGUCAUUAUCCGACAGUGGUGAGACUCUACAAUAAGCAUGAAUUGAGUUAUUCAAUCAGCAAUUAGGUCAAGUAUUUUGAUAAAAUUAGAUAACAAUACGAAUAUGCCAAGGAAAACAUUGAAAGUCUGAGAAAAAAUUCAGGCAGCAAUGAAUUCAAAUCCCUUAACUUAAAAGAAAAUUUACAGAAUGUUUUUAUUACAAAGUUUUUUGAUUUCAUUAAGAAAGUCAUAUUCGUUGGAGUCGGAUUCUUCGCUUUUACUAUGAUUUUUAAGCAGUUCGAUAACAAAUCGUUUAUGGAAAACUAUAAGUUUGAUGUCAAGAAAGCAAAGGACAUUCCAUAGAAAUUAAGUGAUGUUAGAGGAAUAGAUGAAAUAAAGGAGGAAGUAGAGAACUUAAUCAAGAUGCUUAAAGAGCCAGAGAGAUAUCAUUAAAAAGGAGCAAAUUUGCAUAAAGGUGUGUUGUUAUAUGGUUAACCUGGUACUGGUAAAACUCUCCUUGCAAGAUCAAUUGCAGGUGAGGCUGGCUGUCAGUUCAUCUAUUGUACUGGGUCUCAUUUCGAUGAGAUGUUUGUCGGAGUUGGUGCAAAAAGAAUUAGAGAGUUAUUUAAUGAAGCAAAGAAACAUAAGCCCUGCAUCAUUUUUAUUGAUGAAAUCGAUACGCUUUUAUCAAAGAGUAGAAGAUUCAAUUCAGAACAUAGUUCAUCAAGAGCUACUAUCAAUUAACUACUAACAGAGAUGGAUGGUUUCGAGAAAACAGAAAAUAUUAUGAUUAUUGGUGCAACAAAUCAUGAAGAUGCAUUAGACCCCGCUGCUGUGAGACCUGGUCGUUUUGAUAAAAAAAUUCAUGUACCCCUACCAGAUGUGAAUGGCAGAGAAGACAUUUUCAACUUCUAUUUAGGGUAAAUUGAGAAAAGCGAAGAAAUAUCAGCUAAAAAGCUGGCUCAAAUGACUCCAGGGUUUAGUGGAGCAGAGAUUGAAAAUUUAGUUAACACAGCUAUCACUGAGGCAGUGCAUAUUGGAAAAGAUAAAGCAGAUCUAGCUGAUUUUGAGUAUGCCAGAGACAGAAUUAUGAUGGGUAUUGAAAGAAGAAAGUUGAGCAUGUCAGAUAGAGAGAGACUUAAUACAGCAAUUCAUGAAGCUGGUCAUGCUAUUGCUUGUUAUUUUAGUAAGGGUGCAAAGAAGCUCUAUAAAGCAACAAUUGUUGCUAGAGGUAGUAGUUUAGGAGCUACUUACAUGGUUCCUGAGGACACAGUUUCAAUGACAAAGGAGAAAAUACUUGCUGAAAUUGAUGUAGCUAUGGGAGGUCAUGUUGCUGAAAAAUUGAUCAUAGGAGAGAAUAAAAUAACCUCUGGAUGCUCAAAUGAUCUUCAAGGAGCUACUAGCAUGGCUUACAGAGCAGUAAGGUACUUUGGUAUGUAUGGAGAAUCUGCUGGUUUCAUCGCCAGUGACCCAGACUAAACAAGUGAGAAAUACAAUGCUAUGAUCGACAAACAAGUAAAAGAAAUCUUAGAUGUAAGUCCAAUUCACAUAAACAAAGUAUAGAAAUCAUUUGAAAGAGUAAGUGGCUUGAUAUUGAAUAAGGAGAGAGAGCUUAGAGAACUUGCCAAGAAUCUGUUCUACUAUGACUACCUAGAUGCUGAUGAAAUAAAAAAUGUUAUUGAGGGAAAGAAAUUAUCAAAGGAUAAGGUUAGAAAGUGGGAGGACAAAGAUCCCUAUAUCAUAAAGUUUUGA